CCGGGGCGGCAUAAGGCGGAGUCGGGGGGCCGAGGCCCGGCCAGACGAUCGGUGGUCGCCAGCGGAGCUCCCCGGCCCGUGCAGUGCCGUGCAGGGCCGUGCAGGGCCGUGCAGUGAGGCAGCGAGGCAGCGAGGCAGCGAGGCAGCGAGGCAGCGCUGCGCCUGCUCUUCGCUUCCAGGCGUGUCCCCUCCUCCCCGGGUCCGCCGGGUCCCCAGCAUGACCUCCCUCCUCCGUCUGGUCACCCUGAGCCUGGUCGUCGCCGCGGCGCCCACCGUCCUCGGCCUCCCUCGCCUCGACUCCGCCCUGGACCGGCACUGGGAACGCUGGAAGGCCUGGCACCGGCGGGAUUACCGGGAGAAUGAAGAUGGCUGGAGAAGGGCGGUGUGGGAGAAGAACCUGAAGAUGAUCGAAAUGCACAACAGGGAGUACAGCGUGGGGAAGCGCAGCUUCAAGAUGGAAAUGAACCAUUUUGGCGACAUGACGAACGAAGAAUUUCGGCAGGUGAUGAACGGCUUUAGAUACGACAGGUCGGCCCGGAAAGUGCAGGGGUCCGUCUUCCUUGAGCCCAACUUUGUGGAAGCCCCCAAAUCUGUGGACUGGAGACAGAAAGGUUACGUGACUCCCGUGAAGAACCAGGGCCAGUGUGGUUCGUGCUGGGCGUUCAGCACGACGGGGUCCCUGGAAGGCCAGCACUUCCGGAAGACGGGCAAGCUGGUGUCUCUGAGCGAGCAGAAUCUGGUGGACUGCUCCCGGCCCCAGGGCAAUCACGGCUGCAACGGGGGCCUCAUGGACUACGCCUUCCAGUACAUCAAGGACAACGGCGGCAUCGACUCCGAGGAGUCCUACCCCUACGUGGGCAAGGACAACGACCAGUGCUCGUACAAGCCGGAGUGCGCCGCGGCCAACGACACGGGCUUCGUGGACAUCCCUCCGCACCGCGAGAAGGCCCUCAUGAAGGCCGUGGCCACCGUGGGACCCAUCUCCGUGGCCAUCGACGCCGGACACUCCUCCUUCCAGUUCUACCGCUCUGGGGUGUACUACGAGCCGGACUGCAGCAGCGAGGACCUGGACCACGGCGUGCUGGUGGUCGGCUACGGCUUGCAGGGCAAGGACCAGGACGGCAAGAAGUACUGGAUCGUCAAGAACAGCUGGGGCGAGGAGUGGGGCGACCGAGGCUACAUCCUCAUGGCCAAGGACCGGAACAACCACUGCGGCAUCGCCACGGCCGCCAGCUACCCUCUGGUAUGACCGCGCGGACGGACGGACGGAGCCGGGGCUCCCCGGCGUCCCCUCUCUCUCCUCCCCCGUCGACCCCUCUCCAAACUGACCGGGCCCCCCGAGCCGGGGCCGGGGGCCGCCCCUCCUGGACUAGCGACCGCUGCCAGGCGGCCCCGGGGGCGGAGGAGGGCGGCGGUCAUCCGGGCCCGGCUACCGCCCCCCCGGCGGGCCGCCGACGCGCCCUUUUUAAUUCCGACGGACUUGGGGAUAUUUUUUUUUUUUUUUAAAUCACAUGUACAAAGCUUUUUAAAUAAAACCUCAAGUGUGUGGGGUCGGUUCAAGGAC